AUGGUUGACUGCGGAAGAAGGAAGAGGAAGGGGAAGAAGAAGGAAGAAAGAAAAGAGAAGAAGAGGAAAGAAGAAGAAGGGGAAGAAGAGGAAGAAGAGGAAGAAGAGGAAGAAGAGGAAGAAGAGGAAGAAGGGGAAGAAGAGGAAGAAGGGAAAGAAGAGGAAGAAGGGGAAGAAGAGGAAGAAGAGGAAGAAGGGGAAGAAGAGGAAGAAGAAAAAGGGGAAGAAGGGGAAGAAGAGGAAGAAGAGGAAGAAGAGGAAGAAGGAGAAGAAGAGGAAGAAGGGGAAGAACAGGAAGAAGUGGAAGAACAGGAAGAAGAGGAAGAAGGGGAAGAAGAGGAAGAAGGGAAGAAGAGGAAGAAGAGGAAGAAGGGGAAGAAGGAGAAGAAGAGGAAGAAGGGGAAGAACAGGAAGAAGUGGAAGAACAGGAAGAAGAGGAAGAAGGGGAAGAAGGGGGAGAAGGGGAAGAAGAGGAAGAAGAGGAAUAAGGGGAAGAAGGAGAAGAAGAGGAAGAAGGGGAAGAACAGUGCUAGAAGAAUGUGUUGUAAGGGGCUGAAUGUGUUGUAA